AUGGCGGCUCGCUUCGCAGUGCUCAAUGAGGAGAAGAAGAUCCUCAGGCGGAAGGAGAAGGAGCUCGAACGCCAGCAGAAGAUUGAAGAGAUCAAGGCUGCUCCUGUUCCCACCAACGUUGGGAAGUGGGCGGAUGCUUCGGACGAUGAGGAGCUGAACGUCAAGGCGCCCAUCUCGGACACCGAGACCGAAAGCGAGGCAGGCGAUGCACCCGAGGCACCUGUGCAGGACUGGGAGCAGCGGGAGGAACCUCCAAAGGUAGAGGCACCACAGGCUCCAUCCAGCGGGAAGAACAAGAAGGAAGCAAAGAAGGUUGUGAAGCCCGAGGAUGAGGACCUGGAUGCGAUUCUUGGUGAGUUGGGGAUCGACAUCCCUCAGCAAGAGCAAGGUGGAGCAUCUUCUUCAAAGAAGAACAGAAAGAAGAAGGAGAAGGAGGCCGACACCGAUGGUGCAGGAGGCUACCCCGAUGCCUCUAAGGUCGACGGGAAGGAAGAGAAGGCGAAAGCCAAAGCCAAAGAGGAGAAUGGCGAUGGUGAGGAGAAGGUCCUCGAUGAAGCUGCCAAGCAAGCAGCGCUAGAGACCCUGAAGAAGAAGAAGGCCGCGGCCGCCAAGAAGUCGGCUCCCUCCGAUGCCGUCAAGGCUGCCGCUGCUGAGGCCAAAAAGAGGGCCGAGCAAAAGAAGACCAAGAAAGACAAGUCCAUGUAUGAUCGAUGA